ACAGGAUGAGUAUAAAAUGUAGUAUCGCUUGCAUUCAAUCAAGACCCUUGAAUUGAAUUGGAUUGAAUUGGGAACUGCUGGCGCUGAUAACAAUGUCGGACCAAGAGAGCAUUGCCGUAACACCUCCGUCUUCAUACUCUGCCUCAGAGCAUGACUCAACAAUGGAGGCUACGGCAAAAGAGCAGCUUGAAGCGACCACCAACAAGCCUAGCCAGGUCAAAUUCAGCAUAUGGCCGCCUACCCAGCGCACCCGAGACGCCGUGGUGAACCGCCUCAUUGAGACUCUUUCAGCCCCUUGUGUCCUCUCCAACCGCUACGGUACCUUGCCUUCUGAAGAGGCCUCAUCCGCCGCCCGCCACAUCGAAGAGGAGGCCUUCUCCACCGCAGCUAGCUCUGCUGCUUCCGAGGAUGAUGGCAUUCAGAUUCUUCAGGUCUACUCUAAGGAGGUCAGUAAACGAAUGCUAGAUGUUGUCAAGGCUAGGGCCGCCGCCUCCUCUGGUUCAGCCCCCGCAGAUGGUGCUUCGCACCCGGAAACUGAGAGUGUUGUUGAUUCAAAUGUUGAGAAUGAAGAGGCAUCUUCUUGAUCUGUCCUUUUUAGGGAUUCUUAGCUUUUAUAUUACAAUCGAAUGGUGAUACAUUUAGGAUUUCUGCUUUGUUUAGAACUUCUGUGCCGAGAUCUAUCUUGUACCCGCAUAUGGAUUUCUGAUUAUGCCUAUAUGAGGAAACCUUUUAUUUUAGGGUUUUUGUUCAUUUUCAUUUAUUGGCGCUACAAUUGUUCUUUAUCGAUUUUAUGGGUAUAGAAUUUGAGGUGAAAUUUUGGGCUUUGCAGUCUUAUGUGCAUUGUUGAUCUGGUAUUACGACAAGUUUCGUAUUCAUUGUUGUGUUUCCUUAAUCCCUAUCAAUAGAGUUGUCUUCCCAA